AUGGAGCGACUAGACCGGGUGAAAGCCCAACAAGCUGAAACUAUGGAGUUCAUUGAAGAACUUGUCCGACAGAAUAUGAAACUGGCUGCAGAAGUGGAUGAGAAGACUUUGGAUUUGGAUUCUAUGAAAACAUCGUGUCGUGCGACACAGAGAGAGUUAAACAUGAUUCAAUCUAAACUUCACGGAAUUCGCAAAAAUAGAUAUGUAAUUGUUUUGAUAGACGGUGAUGGCAUGAUCUUCAAAGACAAUCUUCUAUCCCAGGGAAAGUCCGGUGGUACUGAGGCAGGAAGGCUUCUUCUCCAGGAAAUUACAAAAGAGGUCCAGUCUGAAUUUCCGGACGAAUCGAUUGAUGUUCACGUUAAGGUUUUCGCCAAUCUUUACAAACUGGCUACAGUCCUCUAUGUCGCAGAUCGUGUUGAGGGCCUAAGCAGUGAUGGGAAGGAGAUGGUUGAUAGUCGAGUUAGGGCGGAGCUCACAUGGAAUCUGAACAACUAUAACUGCGUUAAAGUUAUUCUUGGUGCAUCUCAUGAUAACGGCUACGCCCGAACAUUGAGCUCCAUCUCCUCUGAUGGAAAUACUGAGAAAGUCCUCUUGAUAGAGGGAACGCCCUUUGCGAGCGAAGUCAGGAAACUCCAGUUCCCGUGCACAAAAUACACUCACAUCUUCGAAUCUCAAAAGCUCGAGGUCCCACCAAGGCCAACAUCAUCAAGAUCUACUGACUCCCCUACGCGGGGCAAUGGUUCAUAUGUCCAAGUUGCUACCAACAGUGUCACUACUACCAAUACCACUACAAAAGUUACAGGAUCAUAUGCAACUGUUGCGGUAUCAAAUAACAAUUAUGCAGCGCCGGCCUUUGUGAAACCAAAGACUUUGUUCAUUGGCUCAUCAACGAAGAAUUCGAAAUUGGCUCCGCCGGUCCAUCAUCAGGCUGCACUCGCACGCCUCAAGACCCUGCAGCCACCCCCAUGUAACGAUUAUUACCUGGUUGGCUCGUGCUGGAAGGAAUCUUGCUUCUUCUCCCACAAACAUGAACUGAGCCAUAUCGAGAUUCAGGCAAUGAGAAACAGGGUUGGAUUGACUCGUUGCGAGUUCGGCCAGGGAUGUAUUAAUGAGGAGUGUUAUCGGGGUCAUACUUGCCAGAGUGUUCGCGCUGGAAAAUGUGUUCGCCCGAAUUGUCCCUUCUUGGAUAAUGAGCACCCUCCUGGAGCGUUCUGGGGGACCCAAAGAAUAUUUAAGAAAAGGUCAAAGAGGUAUCAGACAUGGUAG